AUGGUGGCCGCAAAGCAGAGCGAAUCAGAAGAGAAGCUCUCACGAUUUAGUGAACAACUGGAAUAUCAUAUGGAGCACGCGAGUCGAACGACAAAAGAGGCGGAAGGGACCGCGAAGGUUGGGCUUAGUGGGCUCGCCAAGGUGUUAGGCCAGAUCUUGGUCGAGGUGAGAGCCGGCAAUGGCCGCAUAGGCAGGAUGACUUCCACCAUCACGACACCCGCUCCUGUGGUCCCGGUCAUGGAUGAGUGUCGCACCUCCCACAACAUCGACGAAGACGGUGGCGAGAAAAAGAGUGAAAGCUCGGCGUCGGCGACGCGGAAUGUAAACAAGAAGGACGAGGGCCUCCUGCCAUUACCAGAGAACGACCUGGUGCUCCCAAGGAACCGGGGUAAGCUGCCGCAGGGAGAGCAAGGACCGGAAGGUGGGCCGAAGCAGGGCGGGUCCCACUGGUUCUCGGGCAGGCUGCGACUCGAGGAAGCCGCGACGAUGAGUACGGCUGGGGUCGCGGAUCUAACGACUUGCCCUAGGCCGGAGCGGGACGAGCGGGCGGCGGAGCGCGGGAAGCAAGCUGCGGAGGAUUCUGGACGCAACGUGAUAAUCUAG